CCUGUGACUGAGGCUUUGAAUAAGUAUCCUGUGGAAGAUGCUUCUUUGAAUAAAGCUCCUGUGACUGAGGCCUUGAAUAAGUAUCCGAUGGAAGAUGCUUCUGUGAAUAAGUCUCUUUGGAACGAGACCUUGAAUAAGUAUCCUAUGGAAGAUACUUCUGUGAAUAAAGCUUCUAGGACUGAGGCUUUGAAUAAGUACCUUAUGGAAGAUGCUUCUGUGAAUAAGGCUUCUGUGACUGAGGCCUUGAAUAAGUUUCCUGAGGAAGAUGCUUCUGUGAAUAUAACUCCUUGGACUGAGGCUUUGAAUAAGUACCUUAUGGAAAAUGCUUCUGUGAAUAAAGCUCCUGUGACUGAGGCCUUGGAUCAGUGUCUUGUGGAUGAUGCUUCUGUGAAUAAAGCUUCUUUAAGUGAGGGUUGUAUGAAUAAAUGUUAUUAUCUUAUGGAAGAUGUCCCUGAUGCUUCUGUGAAUAACAACAUCAGGAAUAAGUAUCUUGUUGAAGAUGUCCUUGUGAAUAAGUCUCUUGCGACUGUGGCCUUCAAGAAUAAAGUCCUUGUUGAACAUGCUUAUGUGAAAAAGGCUCCUGCCCCUGGAAAUGAUGCUCCUGUGGCUGAGGAUUUAGGAAAUAAGAUCCUUGUUGAAGAUGCUUCGAUGAAUGAGAUUCCUGACACUUUAAAUGAGGCAUUAGUGAAGCAAGAAAUAAUGCCAGAUCAGUCAGACAAGAUUAACAGUGAACCAUGCAGAGAAGUGUCACCAGAAUGUCCAAAUGUUAAAGAAGAAUGUGUUAGUGAGGGAGAAGAAAGUGUUAGUGAGGAAUCAGAGUCUGACACAGAAAUUGAAGAUAUAAUGAAUUACCUUAAAGCUGAUAAGAAAUUGAUCAAGAUAACUGAAGAUUCUACUUCUACUGAAGAAAAUGCAGAAUUAGGAAACAGAAGGAGAAGCUCAAGAGUUCAGUCACGGGGUUACAGGCCUAAUUAUGCAAGCUUGGAUUGGAUAGAUGACCAUGAGAAAAACAGUGAUGAUUAUGUAUCUGAAAUUGUGGUUACAAUGGAGGACAAACAGAUACAUGGAAGAAGAAAGCAUACUUCUCCUGCUGACACUGCAGUGACAGAAGAUGAUAAGUUUAGAAAUGAUUUUAAAACUAAAAGAAAUGAUAAAAGGAAAGUAAAAGAUCCUGAUUUUUUUCCUGAUGAAAUUGAAUGUUUUGAAAAUUUGGAUGAAAGUGAUGAUAGUUCUGAAACUGAUGACAUGGAUGAUGAGGAAAGCUACAUGCUGGAUAAUGAAGGUGAUGACUUAACGGAAAGUAAGACAUCAAAUAAAGAUAUGAGAAAGAGAAAAAGAAAAAUUGGUAAGUCAGCUGGUAAUAAUUGUAAGAAAAGGAAAAAGUCAUGGGUCCAUAUAAAACUAGAAGAGCAUCAGGAUAAGUACAGCAAAGAAAUUGUCAAAUCAUUUGCAAGAAAAGAUCGUAAUGUUGAUGUAACAGAAGAAUUAUUCAAAUGUUUAAUAUGUGGCAAUUUCAAGUCCACAGCUAGAGAUCUUUUUGAGGAACAUAUUGAAAAACAUGUGAAUAAGGUCCUGGAAUGUGACAAAUGUUCUUAUGUAGGUUACUCUGAAUUUGUGUUAUUAAAGCAUAAGUUUUCUGUUGGACAUGCAUCUGGAAAAAAACAGUUUAUUUGUGAUAUAUGUGGCAUAGUUCUAUACACAUCAGUUGCUAGAUUGACACAUAUGGGAAAGGAGCACGGUGACCCUCAGUUUAAAUGUAGUUACUGUGAUGAGAAGUUUGCUACAAAUAAUAGAAGAAGGAAGCAUUAUAGAACAGUACAUACUGACCUUGUCAAGUAUUGCUUCAAUUGUGAAACUGAUUACCGUCACUUAAGUUUGGAAUACUUCAGAGAUCAUCAAAGUUCUUGCAAGGUCACAAAUCAGUGCCAGGUAUGUGGUGUAUGCCUGUCAACAAAGAGUGGAUUAAAGAAACAUAUAGAAUCUAUACACAUGAAUGUGAGAAAUUACCAGUGUUCUACAUGCCCAUAUUCUGCAAAAUGUUCUCAGAGACUUAAAGAGCAUGAAUUGAGUCAUAGAAGUGAUCAUCAAUUCUUUUGUGACAAAUGUACAUUUACUUGUGUUCAAAAAUACCAGCUAAAGUCUCACAUGAGAACACAUACUGGGGAGAAACCAUAUAAGUGUUCACAAUGCAAGUUUGCAGCUGCAUGGAAUGUUCAGCUAAAGGAACAUGUCAAAGUUCACGGGAUGGAAAACACAGUGGCAUGUUCACAUUGUGAUAUUGUUUUUCGUAAUCAAAAAGCUUUAAAAAUGCAUGAGAAAAAAGAUCAUCCUGAAAUUCCUGGAAAUAUUAAAAAAUCGAAAAAGCGACGAUAGUUAAUGUUCAUACUUGUGUUAAGACUGUACAUUAUACAACAAUAAGUUUAAACAUAAUAUUUUGUAAUUUUGUUUCGCCUAAAUGGCUUUCAUACCAGUGGAUUACGGAGAAUGGUGUUUUUAUAUUUAUGUACACAUUUUGCUUUGUUUUCUGUAAAUUGAGAAAAAAGUUAAUAAUAGAAUAAAAUAGAAAUAAAGUAAACUUUACUCCACCAGAACUGAAUUGACCAAUUUCCUCACUGCGGUAACAUCCCUUGAUCAGCAGUUAAGGGUUAAGACCUACAACAAUAGCAUGUA